UGGGGGUCUGGCGAAAAGCAAAGCCUCAGUCUUUCCCCGACCGGCGUGCAGAGCGGACGUGACGCUCUUCGCCUGAGGGUUCUCAUUGGCGUGUACUUCCGCUGCUUUGGGCUCGUCCCUUUGAAAUUCGAUUGUAAUCGUGUUUACGGCAUCAGUUUAGGAAGGAAUGUGUUUCACCAUUCCCGAAUUUUGUCGUUGUUGAGUGUGUCCGCAUUUUGUGAAUUGUGUCAAUUUCACCAGAGAGGGUCUGAAGAGACUACAGAAUCAUCGCUCCACGAUGAGAGGUGGUCAGGUAGUGCGCCGGCUGGCGGAUAGUCCAGCAGUACUUAGGCCGUACUUCCUUUUUGCAUUGCUAAUGCUCCAUCGGAUGACCUUGGCUGACCCUGUGGUGACUACAUCCGGGGACCAGGUCACCACGACCCAAUACCUCACCGCCAUUCCCGAAGAAACCUCGACCUUGACCAGUGAAAAUGGGCUCGGAGGUCUAGAGGUCUUGGACUUGCGGCGAGAUCCUAAUUCGCCUUUCAUCCUCAGAGAUCCAACGUACUUGGUUGUAGCCCCGCGACUCGUGAGGGCCGGACAGGUUUACCGGUUAGUGGUAAACAUCCUGGAACCGUCCCCGUCCCUGGUGGUGAGAGCCACCAUCUUCAGAAACAACAUCGACCUGGCCGCCGUGGAGCACGAGUGCGGGAGCCAGUCUCCCCAGGUUCUGGAACUCAUGGUUCCUCCGGGGAGCAGCAACGGUCAGUACAGGCUGCGCCUCGAGGGAAAUGAGAUCGGAGGAUUAACUGGGUCGGCCUUCACCAAUGAGACCAUGUUGUCGUUCACCCCCCGGGGAGCUACGGUCCUCGUCCAGACAGAUAAACCUCUGUACACCUCGUCAGAUGUGGUGAGAUUUCGGGUGGUGGCCCUCGACACGGCCGUCAAGAUGGUGGAGGAUUCGGUGGACGUGUUCAUCCUUAACCCGCGGGGGGUCAUGGUCCGCCGGUGGCUUUCCAGACAGUGUCGAGAAGGCCCGGUCUCCCUGGACUUCCACUUGAGCCCAGAGCCCGAAUAUGGCGAGUGGAAGAUCCGGGUGGAAGCCACCAACUCCUUCGUUGAGCAUACAUUCAUUGUGGAGGAGUACCAUCGACCUAGAUUCGAGGUCGAAGUCCGAAUUCCAUCAUGGCUCCCUGCUUCCGCGACGUUCCUGGAAGGGAUCGUCGUUGCCAAUUACACAUCAGGGGCGCCGAUUGCUGGCAACGUGACCGUGAGAGCGGCCGUCCGUCCAGUAUACCCCCAGAAUUACCAUCAGUACAGCGGCCCUGAACCAGCUUUGACGCACCCACACUCUAUGAACAAGCGACCAAGAGUCAUAGAGGAACUGUCAGUGUGUGCAAAAAAGGGGUACAGUUUCUCCGGCGUGUUCCCCUUCAAGUUCCGCAUGAGCGACUUCGAAGACCUUGUGCGUCAGACAGAGGGGAGCGAAGUUCGAGUGACGGCUACCGUCGGGGAUGCCUACUGGGACGCGUCCCAUACCGGUUUUGCUACCACCAGGAUCUACGGGUCGGCCAUCAAACUCAAGUUCCUCGGAGACUCGCCUCAGGUCUUUCGUUCGGCGAUGCCCUUCAAGUUUUAUCUAACGGCCCAGGAACACGACGGCUCGCGUGUGCCCGAGUGGCGACUUGCCCGGCACCGUCUGCUGGUGACUCCCGAAGUGGCACUGGUGAAUGGAGAGAGAAGAAAGCUGCUCUCCCGGACCGUCAAGAUGACACACAACAUGUACGCCGUCUGGAUGGCGGAGAUCGAUCUCCAUGUGGAGCUCUCGGACGUGGAAGUGGAAGUGGAAGUGACGUCGCUACGGUUGGAAGCAGAGCUCAAGGACUCCACGGGAUCGAAAUCCUUCGCCUCUUUGAUGAGCGUGGCCCAUCACUCUCCCAGAGGCCGCCAUUUGCAAGUCACGACAAGCACCAAGAACCCCAAGGUUGGGGAAUACGUCAUUCUUCACGUGCGAAGUAAUUUCUAUUUGUCGAAAUUCCGCUACAUCCUACUCAGCAAAGGCAUGGUGAUUGAAGCCGGUCAUGAGAACAUGGAGGCGUCUCUGAAAACGUUCGCGCUGCCCCUGACGGCGGAGUUAGCCGGCGUGGCGACGGUGGUGGUGUACGCAGCAGGCCGUGACGAGGACCUUGUGGCCGACGCUCUGACCUUCCCUGUGGAUGCUCUCACCCGAAAGGGUCUCCACGUGUCCCUGACACCCGACGCACAGCUCGAAAACCUGGUCCUGACAAUCACCUCCCAGCCUGGCAGUCGCGUCGCUCUGGCUGGCACCCACUGGGCCUCCUACAGUAUGCAAGCGGGAAAUGACUUCACUCAUGCUAAGAUACUAUCCCAGAUGUCCCUAGACAAUGGAGAUUCAGAACAGACGCCCCUGGAGCAAAUCUGGGUGUCCCAAUCUGGGUUACCUGAAGAAAUCCUUCACCUGCCGAGGGCGUCUCCAGGUGUCGAUCCAAAUACUACGUUCUCAUACGCCGACCUUCUUGUCCUGUCAGAUGGCAUCGUUCCUACGGUCGAACGUCGCUGUGGCGGCACGCCAGCCUCGCGUCUGCCGUGCUUGUUAAGCGGCUGUUAUCCGGAUUCGGCUGCGUGCGACGGGAAAUUCGACUGUCCGGAUUGGAUUGACGAACGAGGAUGCAAAGCCCCGCCGUCCUUCCAAGAUGACGCCACGAGAUUCCGGCUGUAUGGCUCCAGUCGUCUACGGCGCCACUUCGCUAAGCCUUGGGUAUGGCGAGAGGUCAUGGUUGGUGACUCGGGCGUUGCCACCGUGACCGAACCCCUCCCCCCGGGGUCAUCCCACCUGGCUCUGACGGCGUACAGCCUACACCCGGAGAACGGCAUGACAAUCCUACCAGACCCAGUCCAGUGGCGUGGCUCGAGAGGAUUCUGGAUCUCCGUCGAAGCACCCGAAAGGGCGGGCUUGUGGGAGCAAGUGGGCGUCAGGGUGACGGCGGUCAACCAUAGGCUCUACCCCGUGGAAGCCGUUAUUGUCCUGGCCAACAACCCCGCUUACAAGUUCGUCAAUGUGGAGGGAUUCGAAACGACGGACCCCUCAAGCGGCCAUAUCCAGCGCCGAAUGGUGAGCGGAGAGCAUGAGCACGAGGUCUUGGUGGAAGCAGGCGAGACUCAUACCCUCUACCUGCCCAUCGUGCCCGUCGAGCUGGGCACCAUCACCAUCAUCGUCCAGGCAUCGCUCUCGGACAAGAAGCUUCAAGAAGAGGUCAAGAUAUUCAUUGAGCCCAUGGGAGCCCUGCAGCAGUUCCACACUUCCCUGAUGCUGGACCUGAGUAACCGGGCCUACUUCUUCACCUUUCUGGAUGUGAACGUGUCCGAGGGCGCUGUGGAGAAGUCACACAUCGCCCACGUCUCUGUUUUCGGGGGAUCUGUCUCGGCAGCUUUUCCUGACACCCCUGUCACCUCGGAAGAGGUGCUCGGGCUGCCGACGGUCGGUUGUGAACCAGUCGUCUUCAGCUUCCUCCUGACGGUGCUUCAGAUGAAGCACUGGAAGGAGACAGCGCAGCAACCUCCCCUGAGCGAGCGCGACAUUUUUAGGAAAUUGGCUUUACUCUACCAAACCCUUCUGGCCUACCAGACCCGCGAUGGAGGCUUCAAGUAUUACAGAACAAGUCAGACGAGUUCGGUGUGGGUGACAUCCAUGGCCCUGAGGGCCUUAAAUGAAGUGUCCGUCAAUUGGUCCCAUUUCUUGUACGUGGAUCCUCAAGUCACGGACAAGGCCCUCAAGUUCAUCUUGGCCCAGCAGUCGUCCCACGGGGCGUGGUGGGAGCCCAACGGAGAGGUGGGGGACCGGAAGCUUGUCCCGUCACCUUACUCCCUGACAGGAGAAACGACCCGUGCCCUCAACCUUUCAACCACGGCCCACACCAUGAUCAACCUUCUCGCUCUUCAGGGCCUGCCGUCGCCUUUGGAUGAACACGUGUUGACCGCCACCGCAAGAGGAAGCCGAUGGCUGGAAGAGAACUUGGCGCUGGUCAGCGAGGUCUCCAGGCCUCUGGAAGUGGCUCUCGUCGCCCUGGCGCUCCAUCUCACCAACUCGGCUCAUGCUGACAACGCCUUUUCCGUCCUCACUCGCAACGCUCGGCAGGAAAUUAAUUACGUCUAUUUGGGAGAAGACUUUGUUCCGCCGCCCUCGUAUCGAGUCGAAUCGCAGAGGCCCCACCUCCAGCCACGGCGGCCGCAUCGACACGACGCUGGGAACGUCGCUGCCACUGCUUACGCCCUCCGCUUGUAUUCCGCUCGCGGCGAGGUCUUGACCCCGAGCAUCGUCAGGUGGCUACACUCACAGAGAGCUCACGAUGGCGGAUGGAUUUCAACUCAGGAUACGUUAGCUGCCUGGGAGGCUCUGUACGAGUACUCUCAGCACGAGAAGCGAGAGAGAGACAUCCAGCUCUCCAUCACGGUCGAGCCUUUACACGACCACACGCAAGCCAGGACUUUCCACAUCGCACCCGACAACCUGCUCCAUCUUCAGAAGCACUCGGUGAACCAGUGGUGGGACAGCGUGCGAGUGCAGGGCAAAGGCCGAGGAGCAGCCGUUCUUCAGCUGACCUCGAAGUAUCACGUAGCCGAGCCGAGCCUCUUGGUCUCUGCCCCUACACCAGCUUUCCAGCUGAAGACCCGAGCCACUUGGCAUGGGCAUAACGGUUCGGCCUUGACCUUCGUUUCCUGCGCCCGCUGGCUCUUCAAGGAGACCAGCGACAGCUCCGGCGUUUCUGUUCUGGAAAUAACUGUCCCCACCGGCUACGGCGCCUCUUCGGAAGCCCUGAAGCGUUACGUCGACUCAAAGGAGAUUCCACAUCUACGAAGAGCAGAUUUCCAGGAGCGGAAAUUGAAAUUUUACUUUGAAAAGCUCCCUUCGACGGAAACCUGCAUCGAAUUCUCCGUGGAACGAUGGUUCCCAGCAGCCAACCUGACGAAAGUGCUUCCUGUCAAAGUGUACGAAUAUUACUCACCCGAAUUAUAUGAAAUAGAGCUGCUGGACAUGUCUUCAGUGUCUCUGGAUAUUUGUCAAGUGUGCGGCUCGUACCAGUGUCCCAACUGUCCGAUCCUCUCUUUCUACAGCAGCGAGGCGCCGGCGCUGCUGCCAGGAAGCAGAUUGUCGACCUUCGUCUCUUUGCUGCUCUGCCUCCUGUUCUAUCUAUUUGGCAGCUGAGGCUCUGUGAUUCUCUAGUCAAAGCUUGGAACUAAAAUGCUAAAUGGUGCCGUGUCGUAUCUUAAAAUCACCAAGACUCUGAUGAAGAGUUGUCACUUUCAGUUACCACAAAUUGCAGAUGUUGCCAUUUUUUAAGAUAAGUGAUGAUGUUGAUGAUGGAGGUGAAGAUGAAGAUGAAGAUGAUGAUGAUGAUGAUGAUGUUGAUGUAACAUAAAUGCUGUUUUCUUAGAGAGCGUAAAACAAUGUGGGAAAAUUGUUUUACUGCAGAUGUAAGAUUUUGUAACUUUGUAUUUUAUCUUUGUAAUGUUGACGUACCGUUUUCGAAAGCGCUUUGUACUUCAUCUUCAUAAGACUGAAAUUUCAUUUACAUUUAUAUUUUUAAUAGGAAAACCUCAUAAGAGUGGACUAAAUAACACGUUCUUGCCAGAGUAAUAGGUGUUAGUCAGUUCUUAAGUUUAAUGAAAGAAAAUAAGGAUUUGCAAUUAAAGCAUUGUGGUUUACAAAUGUAGUGAGUAUUUUGCACUGAUGCGAAAAUUGCUUAAGAGCGUCUGGGAUAUCAAGAUGGUCAUGUAUGCGAUGUAAUCUUGCUAAGGAUAUCCUUAAGGAGGCAAUAUGGCAUUGCUAAAAUUACUUUUUGAGUCACAAAUUGUGUGGGGUUUUUGUAUGCAAAAUUCUUGAUGAGACAACAUAUGGAUCAUGGAUUUUUUAAAUAAAACGAUAUCUAUUAUUAUAACUGUGGCCAUAUAUGUGGGAGGUCGUUUAUGUAAAUAUUGACUAUUUAUUUUGGAAAUGUGCAACGUUUAUGGCAUUCUUUAGAGACAAUCUGGAAACGAGGCUCGAAGGAGUUCAACAUGAAGUUUCACCUCUAGAAAUAACUAAGAGUGUAUUGAACAGGUACCAAUUGGUUGAAGAAAGAAGGCCAAAAUUAGAUCGAUAAUCACCACAUUCACGAGCAGGUAAUUAAUCUCCUGAUAAUCAUUACUAACAGUGAAUGUGAUUAGAAAACAACGUAAUUAUAAGUAAUAAAGUUAUUCAGAUGUGUUAUGUCAUGUUGAUGCUGGCAUCCAUCGUGUCCUGAAGUUAGUCAGCUCAGCAUUCUUUAGGUCGGGCCCUGAUGUCAACUUUUUUGGAGAAAGAUUGGUGGGGUUGGGGGAGAUUUCACGGAAGGACACAAGACGAACCAUCCUUUUUUUAUUAACAGCUUUCACUUGCACAAGGCUUUCGUUUUGAGGAUGAUGGAUUUAGAACAGGCUGUCAGCUUUCAUGCUCAUUGGCUUCCGUGAAGGAAUGUCAUAAUGUUUAGGGUUCUGACACUGUACACAUGGUUUGUACUUCUUCAAGGCAAUACAACAGAAAUGUUUCUGUACUGGGAGAGGAAAGUUUACAGCAAUUCUGCAAGAGCUUUCCCUCUUGGAUCUUUGACUUCCCUACCUUGACUGCAUUUCUUGACACAGCCUGGAAACGUCUUGAGGUGACUGGAUGAUGCUUCCUAUAACAGGAAGAUUAAUAUGUCGAAGUAGAACCUUCCCAAAUGGAAAAUCAUAUGACGAGGAAAUGCCGUAGUGUCUGGAAUAUUUAUGUGUACUGCUUGAAGUUUAGUGUGUUUAGCAUAUGAUGAAAUACGUAAUACUGGAUUGUCAUUUAUAUAUGAUUCAUUAUCCUCCUGAGUGGUCAUAUUUAUAACAUAUUGUCCAAGUAAGUGAAAUUGGUAGCUAUUCAUUUGACAUGAUAUUUAGUUCCAGACCGUAUACUGUGUGCAGUUAGCUUUAAGCCUCAUUCUCAUCAAGUUCAUUACACAACGCAGUAUGGGCUUUGUAGUUUGAGUGAGUGUGUCAUUUUCAUUCUUUUUUGUUGUCAAGUCAGUAGCUCUGUUAGUUUAUUUGCAAUGUAUGUGACAUUUUAACGCCGGACGAACGGAUUCGCUGACAUCGAUAUUAAAUCGUUGUUCCUUCACUUUGAUCAGUCGCUCUUUGAAACCGAAGUGAUUAACAGGGAAGGAGGAUCAUCACCUCUGAUUUUUCAUAUUCACAUUGAUUGUGUCUUUAUGAAAGAGACAUUGCAGUUUCCGGUCAUUUCAGAUGUAAACAGCUCAAGUCCCCCUUAAAGUGCCUCCAACAUUCGAAGGUGGACUACUGUGUAGUUGCUAAAAGAAGGGUGAUUGACAUAUGUUCCGUAGAUUAUGGUGUUUGUUUGAUAAUGAUGAUGUAUGAAUGUAUGUAUGUGUGUGUGCGUGUGCGCGCGAGCACGGGCGUUUCCUAGAUGAUGACAUUAUCUUAUCUGAUUGUGUGCAUACUGUAGAAAAGCUCAAGUUGUGUGUUUUUAAUGUAUUUAGAAUUUCAAAGUCCAGUAUCCUGUUGCUUCGUGAGUUCAUUGAUAUAUUGAUGCCUAAUUUUGUGCAUAAUGAAAUGAUGGUCUAACUGAAUCAGUACUGUGUGUGAGUGAUCAGGUGCUCAGGUCUAUAUGAUGCCUCAGACCUAUAAAUGCGGUGCAGUAUAUACUACAUGUACACUGUAUGAAUAUGAAUGGGUAUAAUUUCAAAUAUAUGACAGUUUAUGCAUAAUUGCUGUAUUUAUAUACUACUUGUGUUAUACAUUAUAUUUAUUUGAAAAUAGUGUGUUGCAAGGAAAGACUUGUGAUACCGUAUGCUAGUUUUGAUCCGGUAAUAUAAGACUUUCCUCACUCUUUUGUGAAUGAUUUAGGACGUUUUAACGGCUCUUCCAUAGUACUAGGUUUUCCUUUAACCCGUUCAACUUCUACCUUCUGGAGUUCUCUCAGUGCAGUUCUGUGUUAUUUAUUUUGUAACUUCAAUGAUAAUUUCCUCCAUGUAGCAAAACAUGUUCCCACCCUUAAAAGUAACUGUCUGCAUUGAUUUGAGGCAUUAGAUUUGCGGAUUUGAACUUGUAUAUAAAAGAAAAUUGAGCCAUCGUGUGAAUGCUUGCGUAGGAGAUUUGUAAAUACUGAACCAAACGUAGAACUUUUUAAGGAACAGUACUGUAUAUAAUAUGAAACAGACCUCUCAUAUUUACUUAGGGCAGCUUAUGUAGUAUAUGUACAGCAAAUAGUCCAUUUAUUUUACAUAGCAACGGUCUGUCGGUACGAAGUGACUCAGAAUAAUGACGUUCAACUCACGGUGUAUAAGAAACCAAUCGACGUCCCUUUGUUCAUCUUCAUGAAAUUGUCAAUCACAGGCACUGUUGUAGUACAAGCUUCUUUCCUCAUGCCUUUUUUUUAUAUAUUAUAUAUAAUAUGAUCCGAGAGUCCCGAGUGAAUGAAUCUUCACCACUCUAGUCAGUUGCUUCUCACACACAGAAACGUGGUUCCUCAACCUUUUUGGUGUGGGUGCACUUUGUACAAGCCAUGAAUACACAGGCAUCAGAUACUGAAGGGAUGAGUGUGAUUUUUUAAAGAGUGCAUUUGGCUAAGUACUGCUCUAAAAUGUACAUUUUUUCAAUCACGUUUACUUAAGCUGAAGUGGUCCGUGUUAUAUUCAGUCUAAAAGCUUAGUAAUGCGCUGAAGUUUGUAGUCAUCGAUAAUGCAAAAUAUUAGUUAAUGAUCUCCGCCAAAUUUAAUUCAAGGACGAAAAGAUACAUUUUAGAAAAACUCAGUGAGCGCAGUAAAGUUCUUAUGAAUUUUUUCCGGCAUUUUUGAUUAAUUCUGUUUCGGCUGUGCUGUCAUACAGGUAUUAAUUCAAAAUUUGCCUUCCAUUCGGGCAGCGCUAAUCUUGUAAUAUUCGUGUGGGGACUUUGUCUUAUAUUUUUGUUGGAGAGACCCGUCAGUAUUUUUGCAAUCCAGUUUAUUUUUAUUUUGCAAGAAAUAUAAAAGCGACUGAAGCAGUCGAACAAAAAAAAAAUAAACGCCGUCAUUUUAAUAUGACCAAGAUAAAUGAAAUUUAAUUCACGCUGAUGCGCUUUCUUAUAUAAAUCAAUAUGUUUCAUACAGUUAAGUGAAUUACGUACCAUAAUAAAUAUACUGUAUUUAGCAUUGUAGUGGCAAAACAUGAUUAACAUUGUUUGGUGUAUUUAACACUAUAGUACAGAGUUGUAGCAUUGUCCUAUUUAAUAAAAACUUGUAUUUUUUUAGUGUUAUUCAAAAUCCAAAUAAAAUUAUCCACGUUAUUCACUGUUGUGAAGAUUCCAUAUUUCUGUGUAUUUACUAGUCAGCUCCUUGGACAAUAUAUUGACAAUAAAAUGUUCUUUUAA